AUUACCAAAUUUUACUUUGCUUAAUGAGUAAAAAAGCCGAUGAGUGUAUUUUUAAGGUUUGGGGGCUUUUAUGCUAUGGUCUUACACGGUCAAUAUUUUGCCACACAGCUCUCAGUCUCAAAGAUGAAAUGGUAAGCACCAAUGCAGCAUGACCAUGGCAGAAUACAGAGAAUGAAGGAGUAAUUUCUGCUUCUGGGUCUUUCUUUCGCUUCACAAAAGAGCAAAGAAACAGGUUAAGGUGCAAUGAGGAACCAUAAUUUUUCACAAGUUUCAAGGAAUGCCAUCAAAGAAAAUAAAACAAACCAAAGAUUAGAGGAGAAAGCAGUUUUAGUGUCAGCAGCUGGUAAAUGUCUUCCUCAGUCUUCUUCAGACAGGUGUUACAUUGCUAAUGAGCCAUUGGAGGAGGAUCCGGAAGAGGAACCAAGUGAAGUAGAGGAGGAUCCAGAAGAGAAACCAAGUGAAGUAGAGGAGGAUCCAGAAGAGGAACCAAGUGAAGUAGAGGAGGAUCCAGAAGAGGAAUCAGUUGAGGAAAUAGGAAAUAAGCUAGAAAAAGAACCAAGUGAUGACUUGGAAGAGGAUCCAAUUGAGGAACUGGAACAGGAACCAAGUAAGGUGCUGUUGGAACAAAUUGAGGAGCCUUCAGAAUGUGAUGCUCAGUCAUAUUUUAACCACAGCAACAAUGGGAGUGAAGAACCAGUUGAAAAUGCGCUGGAAGCAUCUCCAGCUGAAUGCCACUCAGGCACUGAUCCUAACAAUUCAUACAAGAAGAGGUCACUGGAUGCAUCAAUUGGUGAGUCAGUUGCCCUGCAGGGUUAUCUGUCACAAGAGAAAUGUAGGCAAGAGGAAUCCUUAAAACCGGAAUCAGAAUCUUCGUAUGCUGCUCCUCAUUUCCACAGUCAGUCUGGGCUUGCCAUGACACUUGGUGAUAAAUGUUCUUCUGAACAACAGGAAGGUACAGGGAGUUCUAGAAAACGAAGACAUAGUAGAUGGGAAAAAGUAGAGAAUGAUCAGGCUAGUAAAAGAAAGAAAACCAGGUGGAUUAGUGAUGAUUUGCAGCUGAAACUGUUAGGUCCACUUCAGCUGCCUGACCUUGGGAAAGAGUUUGUUGUGGGAUCAGAUUUGGAUUCAGAGAUUCAGGAGUUGCAAGCUGAACUUGCAGACAUAAACAGAAAAUUGCAAACAUCUAAGCUCCACGAUGACAAGCCUAUGGAGGAAAGAUCUCCUUCUCCUGAACCAAUGCAUGAUAACCUUGGUAUCAGACUAAAUCCACGGCAAGUAAGGCUCCAUCAGAAACUUGUCCAGAAACGUCAACAUAUUAUAUCUAAGUUGAUUAAGAAGAAUUCCACUUUCAAACCACCUUUGGAGUAUAAGUCCUCGAAGCUGUGUAAAAAAAUUUACAUACCAGUGAAAGAAUAUCCUAACUAUAACUUUGUUGGACUUAUAAUUGGCCCACUUGGGAAAACACAGAAGAGAAUGGAGAAGGAAACAGGGGCUAAGAUCCGUUUAAGGGGUAAAGACAAAACAACAAAUCCACAGAAAAAUGAUGAAGACUUGCAUGUCUAUAUAGAGGCAGACAACCAAAAAUCAUUGGAUGCAGCAGUUGGGAUGGUUGAGAAACUACUAAAUCCAAUUGAUGAUGCAAUGAAUGAGCAUAAGCGGGUCCAGUUAGAAGAGCUUGCCACACUGAAGGCAAAUAUGUGCAGAAUUUGUCAUGAGCAUGGGCACCACUAUUUUGCCUGCCCACAACGGCAAUCUACUUUUAAAAUGGUAUGCUGUGACAAAUGUGGCAGCUACAAACAUCCCACAGAAACUUGUGAGGUGAUAGCAAUGUCUCCACAGAGCAAAUCUGGGCAGGGUUCUAGGUCCAGCCUUGGCUCAACUACAAAAACUCAAGACAGACCUAACAAAGAAAUUGAUAAUACAAACCUCUAUGUUAACCACCUACCAGAAAAUGUGGAUGACAACCGAUUACUAGAGUUUUUCUCUCCAUUUGGUAAGAUUACUAAAGCAAGAGUUAUAAGAAAUCAAACCACAGGAAUUAGUAAAGGCUAUGGUUUUGUCAAAUUUGAGAAUCAAAUUGAUGCAGCUGCGGCAAUGGCUCAUUUGAAUGGGUGCAGAAUGGAUGGGCAUAUGUUGGCAGUAAGAAUAGCUGGGGUACCACCUGGAUCCUUGUUUUCGAGCCAUCUUUCACCAUACCAAGGGCCUCCACCAAUUUUUCCAAAUGUCACAAGCCAAAUAGCUUGGCCUGGGUGGAUACCAGGCUCAAUACUGCCUGUGCCUCUAACCCCCGUUCCUAUAAGCAAUGGCAUGAAUUUGCAUUCAUCCUCCAUUUUUGUAGAGCAUGGUAAUGUCCUCAAAAAUGAAGGCUUAGGCUUUACUCCUGCAUCUGGCUUGUCAAGCCUCUCUGAUUUACCCGGUUGUAGCAGCCUCCAUUCAUCUUCCAAUUCUUCAAACCAAAUUCAAUCCUCAUCAGGUGGUUUAAUCACACAGUUCCCUGGUGAUCCAGAUUACCCUAGUUCUGGAUUUGAGUCAUAUUUCUAAAAACAUAAACCAAUCAAGCCCAAGUUAAAAGUAAAUAGUACCAAAAAAUCGAUUCACUAUGACCCACCUGAAGUUUUGACUGCUUUUAGACCAGUUAUUCCUGGAGAAUGAGAAGCUAAAUGUUGCCUGUCAAGCUGCUUGGGAUAGCUUUCUAAAGGGAUUCAGUAAAUAUUAUGCCGAUUUCCAAGCGGCUGUUCAAGCACUGGCUACUUAGGAUUGUCUGCAUUCACUUUCCAUUCUUUGCAGAAAUAAGGUUGGUUCCUUAGUACUGGCAUUAUCAGCAACACUCCAUGUGUUAGGUAGCAUCUACACCCAAAGGAGUGCUUCUGAUAGCAUCCAACAAGGGAGAGGCACCUUUCUGGAAGAGUUAAGUGAGGCUUCACAUAUACUCCAUAAUUGCACACCAUGUUCAUUUGUUAUCAUUGAUGAACUUGGAAGAGCUACAAGUAUGCAUGAUGGCAUAGCUAUUGCUUAUGCUACAUUCCAUCAUCUACUAGAGCAGAAAAGAUGCAUGAUCCUCUCUCUCAGCCACCACCCAAAAAAUUGGGGGAUAUUUGCAACAUAGCAUGAUUUGAGGAAACUACUUCAUUAGUAAGCACCUCUCUAAAACUAGUUAGGAAUAUAGCAUCUCGAGCCUAUAAGGCUCUAGUUCAGUGAAGCUAACUUGGACAAGUAAUCCGCGUAGAACUUGAGUCUCUCAGACUCGAGUUCUAUAAAGUGCAAGAGAAGAAGAAGAACCAAAAACGGAAGAAGGAAAAGAAGAACAACCAGAAAUGGAAGAAGGAAAAACCCACAGGAAGAAGAAGAAUCAUCCACCAAACCUACCAAUGAUUACACACAAAACCACAAAAUCAUAACCGACCCACCAUUCAAUUCCAAAAAAUUAACCCAAUCAAACCAGACCCACCAAAUUUUUCACCAUGAAAUCCACAAUUUCACUUUCUGCAAAGACCAAAUUCGUUCCCCCCUCCAACAAUGACCACCACACUAAAACCUUCUGCAGGAAGAAGAUCUGAAGAAGAACCCACAUGAAGAAGAAGAAGAAAGAACCCAAACCUGUAGAAGAUCUGAAGAGGAACCCACAUGAAGAUGAAGAAACCCAAACCCAGUAAAAACCCAGAUUUUCUUUAUAAAACUUGAGCCUAAAAGGCUCGAGUUCCACGUGGAAUAUUCUCCACGCCAGAUAAAAGGCUAUUCCUGAAAGUAAGAUGGCAUUGCAAAUUAUGGCAAGGGGAGCAACAUUAUAUAGCAGUUGAGGCUGUGUUCAAAUGAAGAAUUUCUUCAGUUUUGUUUGUGUAAAAUUCUUGUAUUUAGUGUGCGUUUGGCAUGGAUUAUUUUUGUCAAUUUAUUUUACUACUUAGUUUAUUUUUGCUAUUAUUCAUGGAUCUCACUGUACUUUUUGUUACUA